AUGGGCAUAAGUCUUGGCAAUGAUGGUAAAAAUGAUGGUAAAAGAGCGAGAGGUUAUCUUUACUGCUCAAAUUGACUCACUCUAGUCUUUGAGUACGCAUUAAACUCACAAAAGUGUGCUCCUGAUAUCGAAUCUAUCUUUCCUAGAAAUACUUGCGAAUUCCUCAUUUAUUAUCAUUCUAACAUCUUGUAUUUCUAGUCACAGUCACGAAAGGUCAUGUCAGAGCUGUCCCAAUUGAGCAAUUAUCUACCAGCAACGACCAAGCGGUCCAAGUCUAUCAAGCUGGUUGUAUGGAACGCAAGGAACAAUUAUUGGGCUUGAAAAGCUCUUUUGGCGAUUAUAUGAACAAUAGCAUUGUUUGUCUUUGUUCUCUUUCCUCAUACAAAGGCUCAUUGGAGAAAAGCUCCGCAGUUGUUUUGCACGCGACCUGCAAUAAAAUCCAGCAAAGGAAUAUUGAAUUGUUGCCUCUUAUGGUAACAAAGCAAGAAUACAUUAACAACAAUCAUACUCAUUCAUUCCUGAAUCAAGAACAAUUGCAUUUUGCACUAUAUUUGAGAUGUGUGAAACCUCGUUUAAAAACCACAACUCGCACCCUUUUCCUCACACACUCACACCUACACACACAUUUGCACACGCAGUCUCAGAGUUUACACAAACAUCUUCAACAGAUCAUAAUGUCUGCCAACACCUCUGUAGUUUCAGCUCCAGCUUCCGAGAAACCGCAAGUUUCCUCGGCUGCUAAGCAUGAGGCUACUAAUGGAGCAAGUACGAGUGCUCGUCGCCAGGCUAUAAAGGCCUACGCGAAGACGCACGGUCGCAAAGAGGAGGAUAUUCUGUCCCUUAUAGACACUCCAGCUAUGUCAGCAGAAAUAGAAAUAGAUGCGGAAGUCCUUGUAGAAAAGGAUGGUGAACUCAAAUGGGCUGACGAGAUCUGUGGUGAUGAGAGGGUUUACUACAGCGUUAUCAAUGGACCUAAUCCGGCCUGGAUAAGUAGGCGACUGUCGGUAUCGAUAUCUCCAAUCAGAUGGGAGGAGAAUGGCAUCAAAUACGCCAUCAACAUGGGGGAGGAGAUUGUUCGCGGACCGCCCGUCCUCGACGAGGAAGGGGUGCCUCUCAAGAGCACCACCUAUGUUUGCAUAUAUGAUCCAUCCAUCGAUAUCUGA